UCCGGGUGAAACCUGUUAACGACGUGCAAGAGAGUCGCAGAGCACAGUGUUGGCUUCAAGUUCCUCUUUCCUCCUCCUUGAUCUCUCUGGAGUUUUUUCUUUUCUUUUUUGGCAAAUCUUGAUCCACAGAGUCUGAGGUUUUCGGAGAAUAUGAAUCACGGUGGAUUUGCCGUAGAAGUUACGGGUCUGUCUCCUAAAGCAACCGAGAGGGAUGUCUAUGAUUUCUUCUCCUUCUCUGGCUCAAUCGAAGGCGUUGAAAUCGUCAGAUCCGGUGAAUGUGCAUGUACUGCCUAUGUGACGUUCAAGGAUUCGUAUUCUCAGGAGACUGCUUGCUUGCUCAGUGGUGCCACUAUCAUAGAUCAACCUGUGUGCAUAACCCGCUGGGGGCAUUAUCAAGAUGAAUUUGACUUUUGGAACACGCCUUCAUCAAGGGAUGAUGAAGAAACUCAUUCAACUCAUCCACCAACAAGCCAAAAUGUACCUAGUGCUGGAGAAGUGGCAUCUGUUGCUCAAGAAGUAGUCAUGACCAUGUUAUCCAAGGGAUAUGUGCUGGGAAAAGAUGCAUUAACCCAGGCGAAAUCAUUUGACGAGUCUCAUCAAUAUUCAGCGACUGCAGCAGCCAGGGUUUCUGAGCUGAGUGAGAGAUAUGGCCUCGCUGAUAAGUUCUGCGCAGGUGUUGAAGCUGUUAAAUCUGUGGAUGAGCGGUACCAUGUAUCAGAGCUCACCAAAUCAGCGAUAUCAGAGACUGGAAGAAAAGCCGCAGAAGCUGCAACUGCUGUGGUAAACAGCAGCUACUUUUCUAAAGGAGCCCUUUGGAUGUCAGGUGCUCUAAACCGAGCCGCCAAAGCUGCAGCUGAUUUGGGCAGUCAUGGUGUUAGGCAGUAAUGUGUAAUUUGAUACAAUUCAUAUACUCUUGUAAAAUUGUAAUUAGUAUGUAGUUUGAUACUUUCUGACUGGUGUUUGUAUAUGUCAUACAAUCUGGUUACAGAUAGCA